AUGUCAGCCUCAUCCUUGCUUAUGGAAAAUAUUCCAGACCUGGACACGAGAGGGCAGGGAACAUAUAAGCGCUUCGAGGAAGGCAGCAUGUGUCUUCACGAAAAGCUUUACAACUCACAAACCUGCAGAUACCCCAAGGUCCAUUCGAUCCACCCCAAGAGGUCCACCAUGGCAUCGAGUCCACACUGGACGCACCUCCCGUUUCGGCUGGCUUCAGCCGGCGAAGUGCUGGCAGCCGGCGUUGCCCUCCCCAUUGCCUGCCUCGCGUGUGUGACGCUUCGCUUCCUUGCUCGAGCCAGGCAAAAGGUUUGCCUGGGUCUGGACGACUGGCUACUCGUGCCCGCAGCGAUCAUGGUAACUGGAAUGGGCAUAUGCUUCAUUUAUGGCUACUCCGUCCACGUAAUGGGGUACCCUACACCCUACCCCAUAAGCGACGAUCCUAAAAAGGCAUUAGCGAAGUACAAUCGCGCCUACGAAAUCGAAGCCAAGAUUGAAUUCUACUUCCAACUCUUCAUGAUCGCAGCGUACGGCUUCAUCAAAGCAAGCAUCGUCCUCUUCUAUCGCCGUAUCUUCGUCUCGAACAAGAAGUCCCGAUUCGCCAUCAUCUCCAACAUAUGCCUCGCCGUAACGGAAGUAAGGGAGCACUGUGGGGACCCCCUUGCCGCCGAAUCGGCCCUGGUCAUCUCAGACCUCAUCACUGAUUUGGCCAUCCUGCUCCUGCCCUUUCCAAAGGCGCUGUCAGCCUCUGUCGUGAGACUGGCCGUUUACCUGAUUGUCUUUGAGGUCGGGUAUGAGGCUGGAUACGACCCUGACCAAACCGUGACCACGAUGCUCUGGUGGAGCAUGCUGGAAGCCAGUCUGGGUUUGAUCGCCGCGUGCUUACCGACUCUCCGUCCAGUAGUUUACUCCGCACGAGGCUGGCUCCUACGUGAAGGCCGGAAAGGCUUUUCGGGUCGAUGGAGUCGAAAGCUUGGAUCCACAGGCGACCAGACGUCCCAGGGUGGGACUGGGGCAACGUCGGUGGAUGGAAAUAAGUCAAGCUCGGUCGUUAUCCUGGAGCCAAGAGCGAUGGUUUAG